AUGUCUCGCAAUAAAGACAAGCAUGAGGGCGCUAGCGCGCGUACCUACCACAUUAUGUCCGAGGCGGAGCGGGCAUCAGGCAGACGCGGUAGCUGGACAACGCUUGAGAUAACAGGAGGUGUCCGCGCUCUAGCGCCCCAACUUUUUCAACUGUCGCACCUCACAGCGUUGUACCUUAACGACAACUCGUUACAACGGAUUCCGCCUGAUAUCAACCAACUGGUCAACCUGCACACACUCGAUAUGUCAAGCAAUAAACUGAGGACACUGCCCGCUGAGUUAGGAGACCUCAUACAGCUCAGAGAGUUACACCUGCACAAUAACUACCUGAGAGUACUGCCAUACGAUCUGGGCAAACUCUUUCACCUCCAACUCCUAGGUCUUCAGGGAAACCCGCUGAGUAAGGAGAUGCUAUCAAUAUACAACGAUAAUAAUGGGACUGCCAAGCUGCUAACGUAUCUACUGGAUAACUUACAAGGUUUAAUGGGACCAACAGUAGCCACAUUCAUAAAAGAACCAUUUAAACUUAAUCGAUGUGCGUACACGCUCAAUGUGUCAAUAUAG